CAUUUUUCGACAGCGGUAACAAUUAAAACCAACGAGCCAUUGGAACAGCGUUUAACGCCCAGGAUGGCAGAAAUCAGAAGGAGUUCUCAGCCGCGACUGCGGCUAUAUAUAUUCCUGGGCCUGCUGGCAUCGGUGUUUGCUUCAUUACCGGAGGAACGCAGAGGAGCAGCAGGAGGUGAAUCAAGGAUGAAUGUGCUAGGACUAUCGCCGGGCCAAAGAGUCCUGGCUGCUGUGCCCGCUUCAGGACGCACGAGUUUUUUGCUGUACCAAUUAGCCUUGGCCAUAAAUUCAGCCGCCGGCCUGGAAUCGCCGACGCUGCAGGAAGUGGAGGUGGUCGAUGUGGCGGAGAACCAGGAGCAGUUCCUGCCGUGGAGCCCGGAUCCCAACUGGCUGGCCGCCAUGGCCAAUGAGUUUCAGAGUGUGCCGGUGUAUGAGAGUUUUCCGGCGGAUUUGCAGAACUGGCUGAUGGAUGGCUAUGGAAUCAGUGCCACGGAUGUCUACCACAGCUGGCGAAGGGAAGGAUUUGGCCGAAGGAGCAAUACCCGCACCCAACUGAUCUGCACUGCCGAUGGCCAGUGCUACGAGGUCAACAAAAUAGUCACCGCCUGCUGUCCAUUUUGA